AAAUCAAGACACUAGUAAUAAGUAUUGCUAUAAAUAGUGAGACAAUCGAUGCUAUGAUUACAUUGAAUGUCACACAAGUGUCGCAUCCAUUGAAUACUUGUUUCAAACGAUAAGUCAAUUGAAUUGUCAUUUUUUUGAAGAUCUGAUCCCUAAUUGAAAACAAUGUCUCGUUUUGAUUGUGUUGAGAGCGCGCCGGCCAUCGAAAUAUUCGCGUUAAGUAAGGCUUAUAAAGAGGAUACAAACCCACAAAAGGUUGAUCUCGGCAUCGGUGCUUACCGAACAAACGAAGCAAAGCCAUGGGUUUUGCCGGUCGUGCGAAAGGCAGAGCACGAGAUCGCAAACGACGACUCAUUAAAUCACGAAUACUUAAGUCAAUUGGGAGACGAUUUGUUCGCACAGUUGGCCACUAAAAUGCUUUUGGGAGACAAUAACAAAGCCAUUGAAGACAAACGGGCGUUUGGUGUGCAGUGUCUGUCCGGAACCGGUGCCCUAAGAGUCGGAGCUGACUUUCUUCGCCGAAACGCUGGUUUUAAAACAGUUUAUGUUUCAGAUCCGUCGUGGCCCAAUCAUAAGCUUCUCUUCAAUCACGCGGGCUUUGAAUCGGUGCGGACUUAUCGGUAUUGGGACGCAGCUAAUAGACAACUAGACUUUGAUGGUCUGAUUGAGGACCUGCGUAAUGCACCCGAAGACUCAGUGAUAGUACUACAUGCUUGUGCUCACAAUCCGACGGGAAUUGAUCCGACUGUAGAUCAGUGGAAAGCAAUCGCUGAUGUGAUUGAAGAGAAAAAACUGUUUCCGUUCUUUGAUUGCGCGUAUCAGGGAUUUGCUUCGGGAGAUCUCGAUAAGGAUGCCAAUAGUGUCCGCUAUUUUGUUGAUCGAGGAUUUGAAAUACUGUGCGCCCAAUCAUUUGCUAAAAAUUUUGGACUUUACAAUGAACGCAUCGGUAAUUUGACAGUUGUAUUGAAAAACACGACUCCAAUUGUGAAUUCAAAGGCACAGAUAACUCUAUUAAUUAGAGGAAACUAUAGUAACCCUCCUGUUCAUGGAUCACGUAUUGUGGCCAAAGUACUCAAUGAUCCUCAGCUCUAUCAGGAAUGGAGAGAAUGCAUUAAAUCAAUGGCCGGUCGUAUUCAAGAUAUGAGGAAUCAAUUGCGACAAAACAUAGAAAAAUUGGGAACUUCUGGAAAAUGGAGUCAUAUUACGGAUCAGAUCGGAAUGUUUUCAUAUACGGGUCUUAAUAAACAACAAAUACAACAUUUGGUCGACAAUUAUCACAUAUAUUUGCCAAAAGACGGUCGCAUUAGUUUAAGCGGAAUCAACACUCAAAAUGUUGAAUAUGUGGCCAAAGCUAUCAACGACGCCGUCAAUCAAUUUCCUUAAAUUGUUAUAAUCUUAUAGUUAUCAAUCAAUUAUCAGAAACUACAGUAUAUUUUAGUGAAUUAAAUAAUAAAAGUAUGGUUAAUAGGGUUUGAAAAUUUUAUUUUUGUUU